GGGUAAAGGCUAUUCCCCCAGCAUUCUCGACUGGUAGGAUACACAGCCAUCUUGGAUCUGCGAGGAGAGGGUAAAUUAAUGCGGUGACAAACGGAAUGUUCAGUGCAACAAGAAAGAAGUUUGUUGAGGGGGUCGAAAGUGACUACCCUGAUGAGAGCCUGUACUAUGGCCAGCCAUCAAUGUUCCAGCAUCGAUCGGAGAAAGACAUGCUGCCAUCUCCCUCGCCUUCAUCGUCAGGUCAAUUGUCACAACUUGGUGCGAGUUUGUAUGGUCCGCAAAGUACACUAGGUUUCUCAAUAAGGGGCAUGAGCAACAACAACCCUCAACUGAACCGGAGUUUAACACAAGGCACUCAGCUACCGAGCCAUAGCACCCCAACAACAGGCGUCCCAACAAUGUCCCUCCACACGCCACCUUCGCCGAACAGGGGCAUCCUGCCCAUGAACUCCAGGAACAUGAUGAGCUCGCAGGUAGGGCAGGGCAUGGGUAUUAGCGGCAGGACCAACAGCAUGGGCAGUUCGGGGCUGGGCAGCCCUAAUCGAAGCUCCCCUAGCAUUAUUUGCAUGCCCAAGCAACAGCCAGCACGCCAACCGUUCACCAUCAACAGUAUGUCAGGAUUUGGAAUGGGCCGGAGCCAGGGGUUUGGAAUGAACUCCUUAUCCAAUAACAUCUUCAACGGAACAGAUGGGAGUGAAAAUGUGACAGGAAUAGACCUUUCAGAAUUCCCAGCACUUGCAGACAGAAGUCGGAGGGAGGGAAAUGGCAACCCAACACCAUUGCAUAAUCCGCUGGCUGGAAGGGCACCCUAUGUUGGGAUGGUCACGAAGCCAUCGAAUGAACAGUCGCAGGACUUCUCCAUUCACAACGAAGACUUCCCAGCACUGCCCGGCCCCAACUACAAGGACCCAACAUUGAGCACGGAUGAAAGCAAAUCAAGCUUGAACUCAUCAGGCAAGGGCAGCUCAAGUGCAGAUGGACCCAAGUUCCCUGGCGACAAGACAUCAUCAGCACAGAAUAAUAAUCAGCAAAAGAAAGGGAUUCAGGUGUUGCCUGAUGGCAAGGUAACAAACAUUCCCUCAGGAAUGGUGACGGAUCAGUUUGGAAUGAUCGGACUCCUGACAUUCAUACGGGCAGCUGAGACAGACCCUGGGAUGGUUCACCUAGCUUUAGGAAGUGACCUAACAACACUAGGGCUCAACCUAAAUUCUCCAGAAAAUCUGUAUCCUAAGUUUGCAUCUCCCUGGGCUUCAGCUCCAUGUCGACCACAAGACAUUGACUUCCAUGUUCCUUCAGAGUACUUAACCAACAUUCACAUAAGGGACAAGCUGGCUGCAAUAAAACUAGGAAGAUAUGGAGAAGACCUGCUGUUCUACCUCUACUACAUGAACGGAGGAGACCUCUUACAACUGCUUGCUGCCGUGGAGCUCUUCAACCGGGACUGGCGGUACCAUAAAGAAGAAAGGGUUUGGAUCACAAGAGCACCUGGCAUGGAGCCAACGCUAAAGACGAACACCUACGAGAGAGGAACUUACUACUUCUUUGAUUGUCAUAACUGGAGGAAGGUUGCUAAGGAGUUUCACCUUGAAUACGACAAACUAGAGGAGCGGCCUCACGUUCCAACCACCUUUAACUACAAUCCGGCCCAGCAGGCCUUCUGAAGCCGAGUCCCUCAGCACCCGUGAGCUCUAGGAGCAAUCGGCAGAGACAGCCAGCCGACCACAGAACUGGUGGGGGGGUGGGGGAGGGUAGGGGUCUCCACCUUGAAAACUGGGGGGAGGGGCCCUGCCGUACAAAUUAUGUGCUGCCCAAAACAAAACUUCUUUAUAUUUUCAUUCUGUUUUUAAUUCCCCUCUUACGUUUCCCCCCCCCUCCAUUUCAUUUUGAGCAGGGUCAAUAUUUUGUUUACUCCUCUGAUGGAAAAGCCCCUUUUGGUGUUUGCCUGGAGUCUUUGCAGUUGCAGUACAGCACACACAAACACUCAUUGGUAUACAAAGCAGUUUGCGCUUUGUUUUCUGAAGCGUGCUGUGAUGCGAAACAGGACAGACACAAAGACAAAUCCAAUACAUGUGAAUACACAAGGGCAAAAGAAAUGCAAUGUUCAUUGUUGCACUAUUUAGUAAUAAAAGAACACAAAAAUUGUUUUCUGCUUUUUUUUUUAUCUGGGAAAAUGCUCUACUCCUCGUCAUUGUCUUGACGGAUACACAUCCUGUCAUUUACAUCAUGGAGGUUCUGCUUUCGUUUUUGUUUUUUAUUUCUUUAGUUUGGCUUUCCCCCAAAACAUUCCGUUGAUCCAUCACCUGCGUUCCUCAUCGAGGUGAUUUCUGCUUAGCUUCAAUACGAAUACAAAUCAGACUGUUUUCAGCGAGAUGGGAACAACCUGCGGACCAGGCGGUUGUGAGAUUACAGAGAAACAUUGUUGCAGAAUGAAUACAAACCCUUUUCAGUCUUUGUUACGAUUUUGUAAUAAACGUGUACAUUUUUUUAAUUUUUUGACAUCACAUGAAUAAAGAUAUGUAUGAAUGUGUAUAUAUAUCUAUAUAGAUAGAUAGAUAGAUGUAUGUAUCUAUAUAUAUCUAUAUAGCUAGAUAGAUGUAUCUAUAAAUAUCUAUAUAGAUAGAUGUAUCUAUAUAUAUAGAUAGAUAGAUAGAUGUAUCUAUAUAUAUAUAUAUAUAUAUAUAUAUAUAGAUGUAUCUAUAUAUAUCUAUAUAUAAUGACAUCUAUUUUGGAAGAAGUAACUAUGCUUGACCUCAUUUUUAGGAGGUGAACAGAAAUGGCAUUAUGUGGUAGAAGCAAAAACACAAAAGACAAAAAAAAAUAAAAUAAAAACAAUUAGUGAACAGUAUGUUGAGCUGCCAGACAGAGAAUCACAUUUGUUACCCUGUGCACUUAGACCAAUUCAACUAAAUGAAUAAAGGUGACACGGAAGGCCUGACUUUCACGAACCAAGGACCACUGUAUUCCGAAAACAAAGAGGGUGGAGACAUUUCAGCUGCAGCUAUUUGAAUAGAAGCAUUUCAUAGGAAAGGGAAAACCCGACAGUACAAAAACAGACCAAUCUUGUAUUUUCUGACCACCUUUAAAGCUCCCUUUCUUUGUAAUAAAGCAGAACACCUUUCCUGAACCA